CUUAUUUUAGGGGGAGGAGCUCUCGGAAUACGGAUGGGGAAAAAAAAGAAUAGCUACAGUGUAGUUUCUGUGAAGGCGGCGGUGCAGGAAGAAGUAUUGCUUGAGUUUUACGUGUUUGUAACAAGCAAAGAGAGACGAUCGAAUUUCACAUUUUCCCUGAUUUAUAGAUUGACAAGCCGACGCAAAGAUGUCUGUCGCUGGCCUGAAGAAACAGUUUUAUAAAGCGAGUCAGAUGGUGAGUGAGAAAGUAGGAGGAGCAGAAGGCACAAAGCUGGAUGAAGACUUUAAGGACCUGGAGAGGAAGGCUGAUAUCACCAGUAAGGCCAUAGUGGAAGUGUUAUCCAGGACGUCAGAGUAUCUGCAGCCCAACCCAGCAUCUCGGGCCAAACUGUCCAUGUUGAAUACUGUGUCCAAGAUUCGAGGGCAGGUGAAGAGUCCCGGGUAUCCACAGGCAGAGGGAGUUUUGGGAGAGAGCAUGGUCAGAUACGGCCGUGAGAUGGGGGAGGACACCAACUUCGGUGGUGCUCUUGUUGACAUGGGGGAGGCUAUGAAAAGGCUGGCUGAAGUAAAGGAUUCCUUGGAUAUCGACGUGAAGCAGAACUUCAUCGACCCUUUCCAGACCAUCGUAGACAAGGAUCUCAAGGACAUCCAGCACCAGCUGAAGAAGGUGGAGGGCCGGAGGCUUGAUUAUGACUACAAGAAGAAACGGCAGGGAAAGAUUCCAGAUGAGGAGCUGCGUGCUGCUUUGGAAAAAUUCCACGAGUCCAAAGAGGCUGCAGAGAUCAGCAUGCACAAUCUUUUAGAAACUGACGUGGAACAGGUGAGCCAGCUCUCUGCUCUGGUGGAGUCUCAGCUGCAGUAUCACAAGCAGGCGGUUCAGGUUUUGGAAGAACUGUCAGAGACCAUGAGAGACAGAUUGAACAAUGCCCAGGCUCAUCCACGUCAGAAGCGAAUGCCCAGGCCGAUGCCCAGCAUUGACUCAGACCCAGAGUCUUCUAACGGAGGCUUCAGUCCAACUUCUCACCCUCAGAGCUUUAACGCAGCACCUGCUUUACCCACCCGAACCUCUGUACGCCAGAAACGACAAUCAAUGGACCAGCCUUGUUGUAAAGCCCUGUAUGACUUUGAGCCAGAGAACGACGGAGAGCUGCCUUUCCGCGAGGGCGACAUCAUCACACUGACCAGCCAGAUCGAUGAGAACUGGUACGAGGGCACAGUGCAUGGCCAAGCUGGCUACUUCCCCUGCAACUACGUGGAGGUGAUGGUACCGCUCAAUCGUUAAGACGCGCUGAUUGGAGAAAUGAAGGGCGGAAGGGAAGAGAGCAAGAGAGAGAGAGAGAUGACGUGAUGGAGAGUUAAAGUAAAGGCUGGAGACUUGGAGCAGUGUAUGAAUAUGAACUACGCUAUGAGAGACACAAUAUUCUGUCCUUUCCUAUGCAGUUUUUCUGCACGAAGUCUCUCAGUCACAAUCUCAUUGUAGGUGGGUCUCUAAAACACUAUCACAUCCAGAUUUCCUGUCCUGCCCUCGAUCGAGUGACUGAACCAAGAAAGAUUAUUUCCUGUAUUCCCUAAUUAUGCAUAUUUUUUUCUAUAGAAAUACGUUAAAUAUGUCUCUUUUUUUAAUCAUGAAUGUACAUCUGUUGAUUCUAUCCUUACUAUGUAAACAGGCUUGUCUUUGCGUUGGCCCUCGUUAUUGCGUGCAUGCAUUGUCUCUGCCCUCUAGUGGCGGUAGCGCGAUACAACAAUUCUGAUCCAUCUGAUUUCAUCUGCUUUUUUGUACGAGAAAAAAUCAAAUUUGACAUUUUUGUCAACUGAUCCGAAUGUCUGACCAUACUCAGCCUACUACUCGUGUUUAUUUGAGAACAGUAUUGCUCACAGCUGCUGUAGUUUGAUAUUCCAGCACCUGCAACCCCUCUCUAAUGAUGUUUGACCAUUUCUCUAGCUGGUUAGGAGAAAUGAUAAUUGGGACUCGAUCUCUUGAUGUUUGUUUACAGCACACAGCACUUGAUUGAAAGACAUGCCUGGAAUGUUACCCUGAGUGAGUGACAAUUUGACAAAAAAACCCCAAAAAUUCUCAGAUAAUCCAUCUUUUAUUUGCUUCUCUUCUCUCAGAUGCUUUUAGUUUAUCAAGGCCUUCUUGACUCGAUCAAAUCUGUAUUGCUUUUGUUUUCUUUAUGUGUAACAUUAUUAGAAAUAGUUUUAUUAUUAUCAUUAUUAGAAAUGAUCUGCUACAGAGGUGGUCAAAUUCAUAUUAGCUUGCUAAGUCUACCGUGUUUCCUAGUCUCAUAUUCUUGUGGCCCAGAAAUGGAAAUGUUGGGUAAAAGUGGUAGCUUGAGCUUGACUUUUAAUAACGCAGCUUGCUAAUUAAGUGCUAGCUUAUCAGUCGAACACGUAUAUGCUCAAAAAAUCUGGAAGCUAUCGGCCAAAGAUAUAGCUGCGAGAUAAACUACCGUCCUGGCUUCGUGCGUAAAAUAUAGUAUUUGUCUAGCGUUACACUAUUUUCUCUCUCUUUGGAUUGUUUUAUUUCGGCUUUGUACUGCACUUUAUUUUGCUCCGAUUCAUCAUUAUUUCUCUCUGAAUUCUGUCUGCAUCUUUCUGAUUUAGAUGCGUGUUUGCUAAUUAAUUUCACCCACUAAAGCCGUUAAAACUAAACCGUUAACCGGAAAGUUCCUUUAAAAACCAAUAUAGCUACAACACAAUAAACUUAUAUGGCUAUUGAGAUAAAGUCCGAAUAGUCCGGAUGAAAUAAAUAACUAACUAAAUAAUUAAUUAAUAUUUACAGCGUCGUUUUACGUCACUCCGCCAUAACGUGCACAGCUACUGUAUAUAGCAAGCUCCUUAACGGUGCAACAGAAAAGCGGUCAAUCUGUUGCAUGAAUACCUAUUAUGUCGAGCUAGAACAAUUGUUUGUGCUCUCUGUAUGGAAGAGAUGUCAUUCACAGCAAAGCUAUCUAAUUAUGGACGACUGUGAGUUCAUGUACGUGAUGACGCUUCUUCUGAGAUGCAGCAGCUUGAAAAGAUGAGAUUUGGUGUCACGUUAUGGUGCGAGCUGCUGGUGUGGAGUUAAAAACAGCUACAUUAAGUUGAGGUUUUUAUCUUCCUGCUUAUUUAUUGAGCUUUCACUACCGAUUUGUCCACCUCUGUAAUAUAUAACUUGUAAGAUAUGUAGCAUUACCAUAAAGUAAACCGAGCUACUUUAAUAUACUCUUUAAAAUUGACCCACACUUGUGUACAUGUACUGUGCGUUAUGGUGGACCUCCAUAUCCUCCCCGGUUCUUCCUUCCUGUACCAGUCUUUACACAUACAAAACUUGGACCUAGGUUUUUUGGGUGAGUCCCUGAAUCCACAGCAGUGUCAGAAGGUUCACAUGGGUUUUGUUUCAGCACUUAUUUAAACUCACUUUAAACUUUACUGCUUCAUAAGUAGCCUAAAAUAAAAUUAAAACGAGACUUGGAACUAAACACAAGCAGACCAUGGAAUACGGGGUUAGAUCAAGAGUUUUCACUCAUCCUCCACCCCUGGGCCAUUUUUUAUUAUACUCUCUGACACUACAGAAUUUACCUUAUGUUUAAACGUCUGUAGGAUGUGGGUGUUUUUCCCCAAUUUUCUAAUUAGCUGCUCAUUUAUCUUUUUAUUUUUCAGCUUAAUUAAAAACGCACUAUUUCUGUAACCAAGCCAUUCCACAUCCAUUUCCUCCUAGAAAUCACUCUACCACAUGCACAGGUUUGUUAUUGAGUGUUUAAUCGGCACAGUGAAAAGAGGUGUCUGUCUUUGUAAUGAAGCACAACACGGUAUCUUGUCUCGGCCUGCUCUGUUUCUGCUCUAAAACUUCCGAAGACGAUCUGGGAAGGGACAGAUGGUCUCACACUCCGUAUGGUAUUUAUAUGUAUGAGGUAUUAAACUGCAAAUCCAACUAUCAUGGGAUGAUUCUAUAUUUUUUAAUUAGUUUUCAUAUUUGGAACGAUCAGAAAUGAAAUGGCUUUAUUUUAAUACAUUGCAAAGACAAUUAGACCUAAUUAAGGACAUUCCGUAAUAUGUGAGGUGAUUUCCUGCUUACAUUCACAUGUAGCAUUAGUGUCUUGUUGUUAUAAUGGGUCAACUUUCUGAUAAAGCCUCAAACAUUUGUGCCCGCAUCUCUCUUCCGUUAAUGUUUGUUUCCUGUUGUUACAGUGUAUGACUUAAAAAGAUAUAUUUUCAUCUUAAAUAAACAGUAAAAUGAAAA